AUGUAAAAUAAUUAAGAGCCUUUAUUCAACAAUGUGAAGAAUUUAAGAAUGUUUUAGAAUUAAAAACAUGAGUUUAUAUUGAAUUUGUAAGUUAUAAAAAAGAACAAAAGAAUAAAAAUACUUAAAUCUAAGAUUUACCACAUCAAAUCUAAAAUAAUAUGGAUCAAUAUUUAGUAUCUGAAUAUAAUCAAUUUGUUUAUCCGAAUAUUCAAGUAUUACAAUUAAUAAUAGUAUUUCGAGAGGAUCAUAUGA